AUGAUUCCAGAUCUCGACGUCUAUCCCCUCGUCGGAAACGACCUCAUGGUACUGGAAACACCGCUGCUCCGCGUGAGCAGACCUGUAGCCGCUUGCCAGAGAUGCAGGGCUGCCAAAAUCAAAUGUGACGGGAAGCUGCCCGCAUGCACUGCGUGCGAGAAGUCCAACCGUGCCACCGAAUGCUCCAGCACUAAUGACCAGUUCGCGCGUGGAAAAGAAAGGAGUUAUGUCGCAACGCUCGAAGCAAAGGUGGAGAGAUUGGAGAAGAAGAUAGCCGACGCGAAGAAGGCGCGAAGGAAGUCAUCUCUGAUGAUGCUUGACACCGAUAUGAGCAGCCCGCGACGUUCUUCGGUGGACACCGUAAAGGCCGGCAGCUCUAAUAAUCGAGCUGCUCAGCGGAAAGAAGCAUCAAGCAUAGACGAGCUGGUGUCGGAUUUUGGCCUUUUGGCUGUAAACGCCACUGCGAGAGAUUUCUACGGUUUCACCACCGAGAUGUCAUAUGCGCGCCUCAUCUUGUCUGCGAGCUCAAAGGAACCCAUGCCAGCAGGGCUAACAAAGAAGCUCCCUCCACGGUAUGCGGCGACACCUCUGAUCCAACAGUAUGUGAACAAUAUAUUCACAAUUUUGCCGAUAUUCGAGGAAGCAACCCUGUACGCCUGUGUUGACGCUGUGUAUCACCUGGAAGGUGUAGCGAAACCUUUCGAUAUUUGGGUUGUCCGCAUGGUGCUUGCUAUCGCAUGUCUAUCUCAGUCGGAACAGCGAGGCGACACUCUGUACUCGGACGCAGUGGGACACGCGAAUGCUGCCCUAGAGCAGGCCGAGAAAGUUCUUCACCCUGGUUUCAUCAGCAGUAUACAAGCACAAGUCUUGCUGGUCAUAUACGCUACCAUGGACCCGCACCACUUCGACAGCUGGACCCUGAUUGGGGCUGCUUCUAGAGCCAUGGUUGAUCUUGGCAUUCACCAGGACCCAUCCAAGAGCACAUCAAUAGCUCGCCCAAAGCUGGAGAUCAGGCGGCGCGUGUACUGGUGUGUGUAUUCGCUGGAUCGGUCGACUGCGCUGGUGCAAACUCGUGCCUUCUCCUUUUCGGAUGAAUCCGCACACGUGCACCUUCCCUUUCACAGCUCACCCACAUCAUCCAAACAUACAUCUCCGCAGAGCCACGUCUUCUUGCAGGCCUUCGAUUCUGCGCUCGACCUGUUUAGGAUUCGCCAAAUCCAGUCCGAAUGGUACAUGGACCUGUUCCAGUCUGGCCGCGAGCCAUGGCAAGACCCAUACCCAUACAUUUGGACCAUGUACAAUCGUAUGACCGAAUGGUUCCAGUCCAUGUCCCAGAGCACACUCCCGGCGCUCAGAUGCUUUUUUGAGCUCGAGCUCCUCUACAGCUAUGUGUACAUACUGUCACCCAGCUCUCGUGUACCACACAUCCAGGAGUAUGCGCAGCGGCUAAUCUUUGAACACUGCAUCGCGUAUGCAACAAAUCUUCUAGCGCAGCUCAACAAGACCUCACACACGACCAAACCACCGGUGACAUUCUACGAUGCCAUGCGGGCGUACAUGACAGGUCGCCAGUUCGUUGACGUCCUUUCGCGAAAUACAGACGCCAUCCUGCAUCCCGUACCACCUGCUCCACCGGUUCCUGCUGCUCCUACAAAUGCGUCUGAAGAUCCCCUUGCGCCGCCUGCUCCUGUAUCUGCACCACCUUUCCCUGCACCGCUAUUACCGGACGGUCACAACAUAUACUCUCUCGUUUUGGUCUUCGGUUUGGCUUCACUCACUGGCGAGAACGGUUUCAACGUGAAUCCCAGCUACUCUUGA